AUACCGCCCAUCCCGGACCAGCCCACAGAUACAAAUGCCGUCGACACCGCAUCAGAUCCUCCCGAGCAGCCUCCUGCAAGGCAGAAUCCAGACACAGCUGGUACAUCAAGCAAUGAGAUGACGAUUGACACUCCUGUAGAUUCUACCCCGGGCACAGACGCGCCACAGUCAACGACUGUGGAUGGAAAUGGUCGAACUGAUCCCGACGACUCUGCAUCGGGUGGAGAUACUUCCUCUGAUGAUUCUACGAGGCCAACCUCGGAGGGUUCUACCGAGUCCAGUGACUCCACAAGUGAAGAGGAGAACCAAGAAGAUAAGCCAGAGGAGGAACCGGCAGACUGGGCAGACAUUGUCGAAGAUACUUCGAUGCCGGAUGAAAACGAACUGAAAGAAAUUGAAAAUGCGGAUGCAGAUUAUAGCGCUUAUGAGUACGACUAUUGGGAAAGCACCUUUUAUCGAGAUCCUGAUGAUCCAGAGUACCGUGCUUCUGAAAAGGCUCGCCUUACAUGGAAGAUCAAGGGUGUGCGAGGUACCAAGGAAAAGCCCAACCGCGCCACAAUCAUGCGCUCACCCGCAGCAUAUGUUGGCGGCCACUACUGGACCAUCAAGUUCUUCCCGCGAGGCAAUUCCGUGUCGUCAUUGAGUAUCUAUGUGGAGUGCUCAGCAAUCCCUCCAGAACCAGAUAAGGAUACCUGUGAAACCGAGUUCAAAGUCCUCAGAGGACCGCCUGAUGCAGAUCUGAGCAAGCUGACUCCAGUACAAGAGUUGUCGCUCCCGGCUGGACCACGUGCCAAAGAAACAAAAUCGACACCACCGCCCGACGAAGGCGAAAAAGGGCGAGGCCAGUGUCGAGGCUCAUGA